GCUUCGAAGCUCAGGCAGUCGAGUGGAUACGUUUAGGAGGAAAGUGAAUUAUUUUCUGGUGUCGGAACGAGUAGAGUAUUAUUGGGUUCUUAUCGAAAAGCAAGAUGAAAGUCCAGCUACUAGCGCUCGCUGUUGGCGCUACCCUCGUGAUAGGCGCUGCGUCCCUGCACGUCAAGACGAUCCCAUGCAAGGGUGACCACGUGGAAGCUGCCAGUGUUAACUUCAUUGACAUUUCGCCGUGCACAGAAAAUCCGUGUGCUCUGAAACGUGGAUCAACCUAUGAGCUUACAAUUAGUCUUGAAACCGGUCCAGAGCCUGCUGAAAUCCCAAAAUUGACUACUCACGUCGACGCAAUCAUCCAUGGAAUUCCAAUUCCUUGGCCAGGCUUCAACUACACUGACGCUUGCAAGGACUGUGGCCUGAGCUGCCCACUCAGCCCAAACAAGGCCUACAGCUAUGCCAUUCCACUAAACGUCAUCUCGCCUAUUGCGAUUGAAACGGUGGUGAAGUUGAGAAUUGAGGAUGACACGACCAACGUGAAUCUACUGUGCAACGAGCUGCAAGUGAAAGUUGUGUGAUUGAACAAGACCCCCAACUCCUCACCAUCAUUUAUACAUCAUGGCAAUGUUUUCUUGUCGCUUUCUUGUUAUGGUGUACUGCUAGUUCUUAAGCUCUCUCUAUAAGACAUGUAAUGAAAUUGUUUCUCAAGUAAUCGGUUGUUCUUUAUCUGAGUAUGACGUGAGUUUCCUUCCGCCAUUGUGCUGCGCGAGUCUGCAUUGUGUUGCCUGACCAUCGCGUUUGGCGGGAGAGAGCGCCGUAGUUGCGCAUUCGAGUCGUAUGCCUGAUCUGAUGGCAUUGGCUGGUCUUACAAGAAAUCCUUACUGUUGUGGUGUUUCACUCUUUUCUUCGACCUGUUGCUUUUCUCAUUCCUCGUGUGGGAUCAUACCAAACUGUUGUCUGGCAACUGA